CCGGGGGGGGGGAGGGCGCGAGUGUGACGUCACCGCGUGAGGUCAGCGUCUCGGCCCGAUGAUGCGUCGCUGACGCGCAACGCGUCCGCCACGGGGCCCGGACCGUCGCCCUUGUUGCUAUGGCGACCCUGCCCGCCGGGUCAAGGGGUCACGGCGCGCCCUGCAGGUAACGCUUGAGCUGGUCUUCCUCCUCAAGGAGCUCUGAAAACUUUCACCAUCUCUGGAUGUUGUGAUGGAGAACUACGAGCUGGUGACUUCUCUUGGCUAUCCAGUUCUCAAACCCGAUCUCCUGUCUCGGAUCGAGCGGGUUGGAGAGCAGUGCGUGGGCGACCAGCUGGAUUCCACCCGUGGGAUUCCCACCGAUCCAUGUGCAGGUUACCGUUUUUUCAAACCCGAGAGCCUGUCUUGGAUUGAACGGUGGGAGGAACUCGGAGUCACCGACCGUCAGAAGUUGGAGGAAGGCAAACUUUGCGCAGGUUUCUGCCAAGCCGCUGGACGGAGCAAAGUGAUCAAGGAAGAAGAGGGCGGCCAGAAAGGCUUUGUGGCCAGCUUGGAACGCUAUCAGCUCUUCCCCGAGAGUUCCCGGGCAGGUCUGUUCCUGGCCCCUAACCCCGGGCAGCUGAGACCUCAACCCCGGGUCAAGAAGGAGGAAGCAGCCUCCUGUGAGCCCAGCCUGGGCGGCCCUGGACGUCCCUCCCAAGGCCUGGGUUCAGGCCCCUUCACUUGCCUGGUUUGCGGCAAGUGUUUCCGGCAGAAGCAAGGGCUGAUCACCCACGGGCGCAUCCACACCGGCGAAAAGCCCUACCCAUGCCUGGAGUGCGGCAAGCGCUUCCGCCAACGCCCCAACCUGCUGACCCACCAGAGGGUCCACACCGGCGAGCGGCCGUUCCCCUGUCUGCGCUGCGGCAAACGCUUCAGCCAAAAGGCCAACCUGGCAGCCCACCAGCGCACCCAUGCCGUGCUGGAGGGGCUGAUUGCACCCGAGCCAAAGGUCCCAGUGCCGCGUGGCAGCCGCUCGAUGGAGAAGCCCUUCCCUUGCAGUGUCUGUGGGAAGAGCUUCAGCCAGCGGCCGAACCUCAUCACCCACCAGCGCAUCCACACCGGCGAGAAACCCUUCCCCUGCACCGAGUGUGGCAAGCGCUUCAACCAGCGGGCCAACCUCAUCACCCACCGACGGAUCCACUCGGGAGAGCGCCCCUUCCCCUGCGCCACCUGCGGGCGCUGUUUUAGCCAGAAGGGCAACCUGGCGGCCCACCAGCGCACGCACUCGCAGCAGAGGCCCCACGCCUGCUCCUGCUGCCCCAAACGCUUCAAGGGGGAGUCGGCUCUACGCGCUCACCAGCGUACCCAUCGGCAGGUGCUGGGCGCCGAUCCACUGACUAGCACCCUCCUGGCCACGCCUGCACUACAACAAGCCCUCCCGGGGGACCCCGCUUCGGCUGCGCAGCGAGCCACUCCGGCCCCCCGUCCGGAUCCUUCCGGACAUCCCUCCCCCAAUGUUCACCGACCAGCCCCCUCCGGGCAACAUGGGGCCCCUCAUGGGCAGAGUCUUCCUGCGGACUCGCCCCCUGGUCAACACACGGCUGGCCCCUCGAUGCACCUUCAAGGAGUGGCCCCUGGCUCGGAGCAGGGCCCGAAGCUGAGCGUUCCACCCACCAUUCUGGAUCCCCAUGUGGAGAUGCUCCAUUGCCAACGCCGGCUGGGCCUCCCGUUGCUGCCCAGCUCCAGCGCCCAUUCAGUCGUGCCAAUGGGGCAACCCCCUCCUAUCACCUCGAAGCCCAAGGGGUUGUCAGACGCCCCCCAGCCCACCACCACUGUGGAAGCCCCAAGUGAGAUGCUUCACUGCCUCUGCCAUACUGGCAGGGCCUCUUUGGUCAUUCCGCACACCCCACAUCUGGGGCAGCUCCAACCCGGCAACAGGGACGCCCCGGGCCGCGCCUGGCUGGGCCUCCCCUGCCCGACACGCACCCUUCAGCUCCAGCAGGGUGGCCAGACGCACCCAGCCGCUCCUAAUCCCAGACUGUGUUCGAUUCCUGAUUCUUUGCGGUAGCUUGCCUGCGCGGGGCAAGCACAGAUCGGCUGGGGCUGGACUCCCCUCGGAUUCCCCCCCCUCCACCGGCAGCACCCUGUGGGGCGGACCGCAGGAUUUAUGCAUGUAUCCUAAACCGGGAAGCUUCCAUCUGCCCCUUCCUACUCUAGGGACACACAUGGACCCUCCUUGGAUCUAACCUACCUGACCAAGACUCUUUCUGUCUCAAGAGGCAAUCCAUCCUUCCAGCAAGGGUACUCCCUCCCCUCCCAAAGUGUCACAUGGCAGAAGGACCAAAACCGUGCCCACCUUGUCUUACUGCACCUGAAUCUCUCUGGAUGUGCCUCAUCUACCCCUGAACAGACAGAAGGAAAGACCGAGAAUUUGGCAGCAGUCCAAACGGGAAGUGAAGGUGGAAGAGCGCCUCCCCAUUCUUGGAAACUUGACUGAAGGUUGCACCCCUCAAUAAACCCUGGUUGGGGGGAGUGCCUCGUACCUGGACACGACUCUUGGCGCACCCCCAACAUGGUGGUUCUGCUAUGUUACGGCUUUUUAAAGCUGCCUCGGAGACUCCGUGGUCCCCGUUCCCCCCCUUGCUUUCCUCCGAAAGGAAACGUUGAAAUAACUGGUUGCAGAAAUGUACCGUCGGCAUCGUGCUGCUGCUGUGCAAAUCGGACGGCUGAACUCUUGGUGAGGGAGUGCCGGCUUUGUGCCAAACUGAACAGGCCGGUGGUCAUUCUCCCCAUAUGUCCAUCACAGUGAUGCAGAACUUGGAUGUUUUUGGGGGUGUGGGGAGGGAUUUCGCACCUCCCACAGGGGGAAAAAGACAUUGGGGAGGGGCUCUGCCUGGCACUCAACUCCGGGAGUUAAUGAGCCCUCAGGUCAGGAAAGCCACAUUCCGCCCCCCCCCCCUCCAGCCAUAUGGGGCUGUCUUGGGGGUGGGACAAGUCAGAAGGAAACACCACCACCCCUCUACUCCCAACAGCUGGACUAGAAAGGCCUGAUGCUUGCGGGGAGCCGACACCAAAGAGGUUGGAUUGUGGUGGGGCUGAAAGACGGGUGGGGUCCUCGCACAAAGAGGGGUGCCAGAAUGAACAAGAAGCACUUUAGAACGGCCUGUUGCCCCUGGACUUGCCCCCCUGCCCGUGUGGCACCCACGCCUUUUCACGGGGCUGCCAAAAGGGAGAAAGCUGGAUUUUUGUGUGUGUGUGGGGGGGUGUCUGUGCCUUAAGCUGGGAAGCCUUCCUGGAAAGAAAGAGGGAUGGGGUCUCCUUUCGCAUGGCAGGGCCCCAAGAAGGUCAAAUGUACAAAGGAAGCCCGCUGGGGGUCCAGGCUUAUGACGGGGAGGGAGGGGGAAUAGUGACAGCCUCCCCUCCUCCCGCCAAAGUCUGCAAGGGAUGAAUGUGGGGCAGUAGGACUCGGUGCCCGUUGAGCUAGGCUGAUUUCGGGGGCCAGAGGUGGCACAGAUUUUAUCUGGGGAACGGACAGAGGUGUUGAUGGCGACAGAUGUGGUUGAGCGUGCAAUUGGUGUGAGGAGGGAGAAUGCUUAGCUCGUGCUGGGAUGUGUACAUGGGCACACAGAGUGGCAGCUUCGUGCAUUGGUUGGCUGGCGGGGUGAGAUUUGUCAGGAACUUUGAUUGACUUGCAGUCGGCAGCCCAGGUGAUGGAGGGUGCUCUGAGGGGUGCAUUCUUCUAACUAAGUCUUUGCUCAGCGUUGUACCCCGAGAUAAAACCACCCAGAAGUUGGGGGGUGGGGGGACCUUUUUUUAAAAAAACUGAUGAAAUUCAGCCAUGCCAGUCUGGAGGCAUGUUGAGGGCUUGGUCCAUCGCUAAGGAACAGAUGGACUCAACCUCCUAUCUGCCCCCCAAAAGAAACACAAUUGUGGUCCAAGUUUUGUUCAAGGUCAAGUAAGUCGGAGCUGGGGCGACUUGCUCCCCAUCUUCCCCGACCAAGAGUUUCGGGCAGCAGAACUGUCCUGCCUUGUUUGGCGUGGAGAUAGUUUUGCCAGCAUAGGGGCAGCCCCCGAAGCCAAGAGAAGCUGCAGUCAAGCCCUACAGCUGCCCCCAGGCCUCUUUCCCACAUCCAGGGCCGUGGGACAGGAGUUCAAGAGACCCAGAAGGCCCUCUAUCUGGGACUCUUGUGCCCCAAAAUCCAUGACUUGUGUUUGUUGAGUUGUCGUGCUUGGAAAACUGCUCCGACGUGCGGUUGGGCCUUUGCCUGUCGGCCAGACCCGAGAUGGCUAGGAGGUGGUAGCCCUGCCCUGCCCUGUCAGCUGCUGGGCAGCCUCCAAAUUCUGGCUUCAAGUUUUUGUUUUCCGUAGCUGCCCCAGAAAUUGCCUCUAGAGCAGAGGAACCCAGUCCUGGUCCAUGUACCGAACCAGUCCGUGGAAACAAGCGAGGCCCCAUCACAUGGACAUCACAUGCAUGGGAUGCAGGCAGGACGCAGAACCACGGAAAAAAACAUCCUACACAGAACCGGUCUGCGGUGCCCAAAUUUUGGUGGCCGCUGCACAAGAGAGAAUUGACUGCCUGCUCCCCUUUAUUCCUCGGGGUGCCGGGAAGCCAGGUGCAACGAUCCCUCCCACUUUGGCCGGGCAAGAUAUGGCUUUGUAGCCCUUUGUUGUCAUUUUUGGGUGAGCGUGGUCCUUUACGGGCAGCAACGGUGAGGUUGUACGACAUUCUUUGCCGAAGGAGGCAGGGUUCCCCCUCCCAAAGGCUUUUUGGUAAUGUUCCUUCUUCCGGGGUGCCAAGGCAGGUUGAAAAGGUGAAACAUCUACCUGAGAGAUUCUGAAUUUUUGGCUGCUGAGGGAGGGGGGGGGGUCUGGGAAGACUCUGCAAUUUUUGUUCGGAUCAAAUAUUGCCUGCUUGCCACGAGGUCAUCUGGAUGCGCCCCAUUCUUUGAAGUGAUGAGCCGCAGCAAUGCUUUCCCCAUCCUGAAAGAGCGAGUUGCCAUUCAGAGGCGGCCACCUUCUGGAUAGUGGGUCCCCCUCGAUCCUUGGGAGUGGGACGAGGCUGGAAGGAUUGGGGAGAGGUCAGAGGUCAGCCCGGCAGGUAGAAAUCUCUCAGCUUUGCUUCUGGGAUCAGACCUGUUGACUGAGGGACCGAAGGAGGUCUCUGCUGGAUCCGUCCUGCAGAGCAGCCAGUCAGUUGCUUGCGCCCCAAGCAUGUAGGGCUUGCCAUUUCUGUUGUCUGUGCCCCCCUUCCCAGCAUUUAGGGGGGAGGGUUCUGCUCUGUGCAUGGCGGUUACCCCCUCCAACCACAUCGCCUUUGGAUAAAUGCACAACGGCCAUCGCAGCUGACAUUCGUUCACGCUGGACCUCCUCGACGCAUCGAGAUGGCUCGGCGCUCAGGAUCCGGUGCAAGAAUUCGGGAGGGGGUCUUCCUUCCCUACCCACCCAUCCUCUUCCUUCUGCAACUGACUUUUUUUCCCCACUGAGCGGAUCUGGGGUCCCUGUGAAAUGGAGGUCGAGCUGCUGAUGGAAGGAGAUGUGAAACUGGACAGAAGAGAGACUGCUGUCCCCCGCACCCUGCAACCUUGAGCCCCAAGCCAGGAGACUCUCCACCCCAUCCCUCCCCAGCCACCGGUGCUUGCAUCCCCUUCCGCGAACAGCCUCCGAAAGACACCAGUUGGCCACUUCAUGCCCCAUGAACCAAGACGGGGCCCAUAGGCCCUAUUCCAGAUGUAUUAUUAUAAUAAUUAUUAUGUCUAUUAUUUUCUGAGCUAUGUUUAUUUGCAAUAAAGGCUUUCUUACAGUUG